AUGAGCCACUCAAGAACAUUAAAAAUCUUGGGACUAUUGUUGUUGGGGAUUUGCCUGAAUGUGGAGGUUAAAUCACAAAAAGUCAGUACAACUAUAGAAUCUGAUUUGUCAUUGAAUAGCACUAUAAGCAAAAAUGGCACUACGGCUCCGAUAGAACCUGUGGAAAGUUCCAAUGCAACAAUGAAUUCAUCUUCUAUCACCAAUAGUUCAAACGUAGACUUUGGGAAAAAAUUAAUUAAUCCAGAAAUUAUCCCAGUAAAUACGAAUUAUACACAAGAUUCGUGUUUUAACAGAACUUUGCCGAUUAAUUGCAAUAAUUCGAACAGCACCCUUUUGGUUCCAAUUACAUCCAGGUUCACCACAACAAUUAUUGGAGAUUCAAAUAAUUUAGGAAUAAAGUAUGAAUUCAAAUCAGAAGAUGAUGUGGAAUUGAUUUCAUUUAGACUGAAUAGUAAUGAUAAAAAUGCAGCAGUCAAAGUGAGUUCUUUAGUAAAUGGAACUCAAGUAAAUGGAGGAUUGACAUCUUUAGAAUUGAAAGGUAACCAGGAUGAUUUUACCAUCAAUAAUAAUGUAACAAAUUCGACUUCAAAUGUUGGAAAAAUAACUUUCGUUAUGGUGUUAACCAACACAACCAUUUCUUUUACUGUGAAUAACUUGGUAUAUAAUAUAUUAAAUAUUAACCUUGCUGAAAAACCUAUUCGAAUCUCAAAAAUCCAAACAUCAGGACUUGAAAAUGUUAAAAUUUCAGUUAUUCCAUUUAUUAAAAACGAUGAAAUGGAACGUUGUGUUUUAAAAAUUCCAAUAACUGGGAAUGAUGCAAAUUUAAAUAUAUCUCCAUACUCCAAUACAUGUCUUUCUUCUAAUGUUAUAAUUUCAGAAAGUUCUCUCGUUGCAGGAAGUCAAAUAGUUUUGGGAAUACCAGGAAUUGUGUCAAGUAAAUCAGUAAAGGUCCCGUCCAAAACUCACAUUAUCCUGAGUUCAAAGUCGGGAUUAGUUAUUUUCCAUCUUCUUGUUAAUGAUAAAGGAUUGUUUCUAAAAGGAGUAGCUGGCACUGAUAUUGUGCAAUCAAAAGGAGGAUAUUUUCCUUUCCAAAGUUAUGGAUUUCAGAGUUAUACAAUUAAGUUGAUCUUUACUUCAUUGUUUGUCACAAUUUCAGUCAAUGGAUUUUAUGCAUUUGAUCCAAUUGUAAUUCCAAAUGGUGAAAUCCCACAUGGAAUACUAUUUGAAGGUCUUCACCGUAAUCCUACGUCCACUUUACUUCCAACUAGAACCUGCACAAAAUACUCUUAUUCAGGAACUGGAUCAUGUUUUAUUGACGGGAUACUUCCAGUAUUGAAAUCACCAGGAACAAAUCAGACAAAUGAAAGCCAUGGCCAAACUUUGGUAGCUGUUAGAGUUGUUUCAGAUUCCAAUGAGAGGAAAAAGAAAACUUUUAUUAGCUUCAAUAAUAAUGCAGAUGUUUCUGAGUUUUUAGUAGAAGUUGAUGGAAAAAAAGCAGCCUUGAUCACCAAUUUAACCAAUCUUGAUAAAGUUGAUUAUGAAAAUAUUUCUCAAAAUGAUACUUUCCUACUAAAAGAUGAGAAUAUUGGUGGCCUACGCAGAAAUUACUUUAAUAAUUUAGAAAAUACCAAAAGUACCAGAGUAAGUAAUACAUUGAAAGAUUAUUCUGUAAAUGUUAAUGGAAAUGAUGUAUCACAAAUAUCUUCUGAAUUUAAGCCAAUAAAGAAAAGUUGCGUUCUUGAACAACACAGGGGCUCUUACAUUUCAACUGUGUGCGAAGGAAACAAACUUUGUUUUGCCUCAGGUUCUACUGGUUCUCCAGUUGGUGGUACUCUCCAUUUUAUUGGAGGGUUUCUAAAUGGUAUCUUGAAAGUUAAAAUAUACACCAAAAUGGACGAUUUUUCUUUUGAAAUUGAAUACACCAGCUCUGGUAAUAUUAGUGUGUAUAGAACCACUGCAAUCAAGGAAAAUGAACCAAUUUAUAAAGGUAAUUAUCUUAAUAGUAGCACUUCUACUUUUGAAAGAGGUAUUAUCAGUAUUAAAGAUCUUGGCCAAUUUAUGCUUCUUUCAAUAGAUAAAAUAGAAGUAACCAAAAUUUCGAAAGGAGGAUAUGGACCAGAUGGAAAUAUUUCAUGUGUUCAGUUCUUCGCAAAUGAAUCAGAUGACAUUUCAAUUUUCUUUGAAAUCCAGUAA